GAUGAGAAAGAGAAAAAGUUAACUAUAAUUCUUUUAUUAUAUAAGACAUGCGUUUUCAGACUGUUAGCAAGAAUUCGCUUUUAGAUACAUUAACGGGUGAGAUCAAAUACUCGUGCAAUGGCGUGAUUGUUAAUGAGCGUACUGUAUUGACUACAGCUACAUGCGCACUCGCGAAAUCGGACAGAUACAAAUUAUGCUCUGUGCUUAUUGGUGAAUAUAAUACAGAGUCCAAUCCAGAUUGUAAUAAUUUGUUUUGCGGACAUAAUACCAGUAGCCACGACAUAUCGUAUGUAGUAAAACAUCCGGGCUACGACGCCGCAAGUUAUUCCAACAACGUCGCCUUACUUCGCUUGAAGAAGGCUAUCGAAUUUACAGCCACAGCUCAACCAAUCUGCUUUAUACCAGAAGACAGAUACGUCAGCCUAGGAAGUACAUGCACUGUUGUCGGCUGGGGAAAAUUGACAGGUCAAAAAGCGCAACCAUUGACGCAACAGUCAUUACAACUAGAACUCGUACCUAAGCAGCAGUGCUCGGACUAUUUAAGCCAAGCUCUAACUGUUGAAUUAUGCGCCAAAGGAAACUGUGAACCUUGCUCAGGCUACAGUGGUAGUCCUCUGUUAUACAAAUAUGCGGACAUGUAUUUCCUGGUUGGGAUCCUAUCAUAUGGGUCUAGUUGUGACUCAAGCACCAUUUUUCCAUCUGCAUUUGUAAAUGUACAGAGAUAUACAAAGUGGAUUUUAGAAAAUUCUUAAAGUUGAAAAAAUAUAAAAAACGUC